AUGCCUUCAAUAUCUUCUCUUCUGAAGCAUAGAAGUGAAAGUCAGAAUGAGAAUCGCAUGAGCUUGAGUUUGAGCGUGACUCCAGAGAAGUUACAAAGAAAAUCGAAGCGCAACUUCUUUCGCAACCUUUUCAAAAUCUCUAGUUUCUCUUCCAAAGAUAAACCGGGGAAGGAGCAGUCCGUGACAAUCCCAAUACAAACUCCCACAACCAACCCUUCAAGUCCCAUGUCGAAUCAUAAUAAACCUCUUCCGCCACCACCACCUUCAAUCAAGGAGUCUGCGUCUUCGGAAGCGAUAUCUUCUAGGCCUUACAAGAAACUAGAUAGAAUAAUCUCACCUCUUACGGAUCAAGAGCUUCGCGAACUAUUUUCUGGAGCUCCUCAAUUUUAUGCACGAUCUGAAGGUCAUCAUACAAGCGCACCGUAUCCUAAGAUAGCUUUCCCUUGGGAUUUAAGUUUGCAGAUACGAGAUCUGUCCGAUCAUGUGCAAAUACAAGACGAAGCAUGGGGUUGUAUCACAGCGUGGCCUCAUAUUACGAGAGAAGCCCCGAUAAGUCUGGAAGGUGCGAAGGUUACUAGCAAACGCCGUGCCUAUUUCAUGCCACGAUGUCGCGAACGACCGAACAUGCUCAGUAUGCAGGGCAUUGAAAGGGGAACUGUGGGGUACCAAGCGGCUUUGGAGUUAGGUGUAGCCGAUGCGUUGAACGAACCUGAGGAAAUACAGCCUGAUGCUGGGCUCUAUUCACUUUUCUAUAGGCGAAGGGGAUUCGCAAAUGGCAAGAAUGGAAUAAGACCUCUCGAUGAGCCCGCUGUUUAUGAACAUCUCAUGGACAUUGGUGUUUCUUACCACGAGGAUCAAAUGCAUAGCCGCUCUACUGUCGAGUUAUAUUCCGAGCUCUUCACACAGAUUCUGUUUCCGCCUUCUAGAGUUACAGAUACAGAUGAUCCUUAUAGCCUGCAGGUACAAAUCGAGGUACUUGUGAAGGUCUUAGCUGAACCUAAUAUUUGGGUUGAUUUUAGCUUUGUCGAAUGGAGAAUUCGUCUUGGACAGAUACUGUGGGGCCAGCAACUCGAAAGUGAUCUAGGAGACGGCAUCUCUAGCAAUAGUGAAUUCACGAAUGAAUCUGAAGACCAGAAGUAUUGGCUGUUGUUGCAAAUAUUACUUUCGUGUGAGUUGUUAGUGCGACUUGAUACAGUGUCUCAGAAUAUCGAUAAUGGCCUGGAGCCCGCUAAACCUGCUGAUGUCAAAAAACUCGAAAAAAGUAUGACGCCCAGUGUUAAGUGGUCUCUUAUCUUAGCUCGAUCCUGGCUCGAAAACAUCCGCAUUGAACAAAGUGUUUCCGAAAUCAUUCCAGAGAGGAAAGCUUCUGGGUGGUUAGCAUCGUUGACUGGAGCAUCAGCCUCUGUCGAGAAAAGUGCACCGUCCGAAAGUGUCCAAACAUAUACAUUUCGUGGGAGGAAUGAGACUCGACAAUUAGCCGGACUAUUACACUUCGCUCAAAAAUUAAAAUGGCCUCAUCUGGAUAAAUUGAACGAAAAGGUCUCGUCAAAUGAUAUAUACAUUUCCGACAGUACACAAAAUACUCCAUCUACUGGAACACCGAUGUCGGUUUCAACACAAAAAACUUCCUAUUUCAUGAGCCAACGACCUAUUCCGCGACGAGGCUUAUCAAGAUCGACACAGAGAAUGUCUGCUCUGAUACAUUCUUCUGGAUGGCUGUCAAAUUCUUACAUCAGUGGCCUGAUGCUCCCUGGUGAAGGUCUAAGCCAUUUUUUAAUCUCAACAUUAUUAGAAAACGAUGAUGCUGCAGUUGAGAAAUUGGGAGAUGAGGCCAACCUGUAUGGUGGGUUUGUAUUUGGCCAAAGAAGUUUUUGGAGCACAGCUUGUAUAAUUGGUCGAGUUCUGGCUGCUGGUAAAAACUCGUCUGAAUGUAUGGGAUGGAUAUCAUCGAAUGUUAAACCUAGAGGGAUCUCUGGCGAGGCUUGGGUUAAUAUAGAUGUUGAUACAGCAUCACUAGAAGAUGCUACCUCAGAUACCCCUAGAAUACUUCAAAAAGCUACUAUUGAAAGGGAUGGAAGUGUUAUUGGUGGAGCAGAUCCUUCAUCAAUACUCCCGGGUGAUUUUGUCGCAGUUUACGAUCCCCCGACAUUGAAUUCUCCGUCGAUAACUUUUGAGUCACUAGAUCUUUUCGCUGUUGAUUCAGAUGAGACAACGCCUACUGAAGAAGAGCCAACCCCGCAGACAGAAAUAACAACAGCGCCAAGUAUCAAAACAUAUUCUGCAAUGAUGAGAUUUCUAUUAAGUCUUGAUGGAGAUGAUAAGAAGGAAAUCAAUGUUGCUCUGACUCAUGAUGUUCAUUUCGUUACCGCUCAUCCAUGUGUAAAAUCUCAUAGCAUCGAAGUACUGAAGUCUCCUACAAGUCCAUUAUUCCAACAAAAUGGUGAUGGAAGCGAUCAAAUUCCUAAUCCGAAUAUGGGCCACCCCCUCCACAAAGCUUUCACAUACGCAAUCAUACCUCUCCAACACAUAGUCACAUCCCCAGCAUCGAAAUCUCUUUCUUCUCUACUCAUCUCACCACCGAGGUCACCAGUCGAAGGAGCUUAUUCGGCAACUAUACAGGCGAGUGCUCAUACUACUACAAGCAAUAUCCCAAAAGUUUUGGUGAUAGAUUGUGCGAGUACAAUAUUACCCCCUUCGCCUCCUGAUGAGGUGGAUGUGGAUUUGGAAUUGGAAGUGGAGAUUGGAAGUGGGGGAACGAAAAAAGAAUUUGGCAGUGAUGCGGAGAUGUUGGUAAGAGCUUUAUGUGCAGAAAGGGGAUGGAAUGCAUUAGUCAGUAGGAAGGGGAGAGGUUGUUUAGCUUGUGCGAUUAGGGAGGCCGGGGCAAUAGGAUGGGGGGUCGUGAUCAGAGUUUAG